AGGUUAAUAUAACCAUGAGUUUGUGGAAACUGAGGUCGUGAUUCAUAUGGUUUAAUAUAACCACUAGUGUUAUUUCUAUUUAUACCCCCAACUUCGGAAAUUCCCAUUUCAAAACCAUGGAUGAUUUUUUCAUUCUUUCACCUUGCACUUCUUCUUCUUCUUCUUCUAACACACCUGCUCCUCCUCCAGUGGCUGCUUUAGUACCACAACCAAACGGUCUGGUUUCGGAUUCCGACCGCGAGCUGGUUAUCGCACCCAGGGUGGUGAAAAAGAAAGCAAAAAACCACGUGCGGCGUGAGAAGAACCUCAACAAGCAGUUCUACAGUCUCUUGUCGGUGGUCCCAAAGGUCUCCAAGAUGGACAAGGCGUCGUUGCUAGGGGACGCGGUGUGUUACAUCAACGAACUGAAACAAAAGGUUGAAGAACUCGAAUCCGAGCUGGAAAUGAGGGACAGUACAAAGGUUAAUUGUGAGAAGAAGAAGAAGAAGAACAUACAAGUGAAAAUGGUGGGUGAAUAUGCGAUUAUAAGAGUGCAGUCGGCGAACAGCGAUUGGCCGGAGUUGAAACUGAUGUCGGCGUUGGGGAAGAUGGAAGCCAAAAUCCAGCAUGCAACCAUGUCGUGUGUUAAUGACGUUAUGUUUCAAGAUUUUGUCGCUAAGAUCCCCGGUGCCACAGAAGAUGAAGUCAAGGCUUAUCUUCAUACCAGAUUAAACAAGUAAUUAUUAUUAUUAUUAGUAUGUUUAUUGCACAUGUUUAUCCCUUUGGCAGUUUCUAGUUAACAGUUGGAUCCUUU